AUGGCAGCCAACUCCCAACAGUUUGGAGUUCAUCGUGAAGUUUCAGUUAAGGGAAUAAAUGAGACAAACUCUAAAGUAGAGCAGCAGCUUGCGCAGUUAACUAGAAAGUUAGCUUCACAACCUGUUAGGAAUCCAAGGAAAAAUGUUAAUGCCAUCACAUUAAGAGAUGGCAAGACUUAUGAUCCACCUACUAUUCCAUCAAGUUCAAACAAUUCGCCAUUGCCUCCUACCCAAUCCGCCCAAAAAGACAAAGAUGAAACCCCAACCACAACACCCAAACCUAAACCAACUAUUACCACUUAUGUCACUACUCCUCCAUUUCCUAGUCGUUUAAGAAAGAUAAAGAAAUAUGAAGUUGAACAAGAAAUACUAGAGACUUUUUGCAAGGUUGAGGUAAACAUUCCUUUACUUGAUGUCAUUAAACAAGUACCUCGUUAUGCAAAGUUUUUAAAGGAUUUAUGCACCAAUAAGAAGGAGCUAAAGGGGGAUGAAAAGGUGAGUGUGGGGGAAAAUGUUUCGGCGGUACUUCAAAAGAAACGUCCACCAAAGUGUAAGGAUCCUGCCACCUUCACUAUUCCUUGCACUAUUGGCAAUAAAAGGAUUGAAAGAUGUAUGUUAGAUUUGGGUGCUUCAAUCAAUGUAAUGCCUUACUCUAUUUACACCUCUUUGAAUUUGGGACCACUUGAAGAAACGGGGGUGAUCAUUCAAUUAGUGGAUCGUUCUAAUGCCUAUCCAAGGGGAGUAGUAGAGGAUGUAUUUGUUAAAGUAAAUGAAUUAGUAUUUCUAGCAGACUUCUACAUUCUUGAUAUGGAAGAUGACUCAGUUCCAUUCUAUACACUAGUUUUAUUAGGAAGGCCAUUUUUAAAGACAGAUAGAGCUGAGAUAGAUGUUCAUGAGGGAACUUUGACAAUGGAGUUUGAUGGUAAAGUGAUUCGUUUUAAUAUUUUUGAGGCUAUGAGGUAUCCAAGUGAUGUUCAUUCAGUUUCUUCAAUUGAUAUUCUAGACUCAUUGUUGCAAAGAAUUCUUGAUUUACAUGGAGAUGAUAAGUUAGAUGUUGUUUUGAGGGAACCAAUAGACUUGAAGAAGGAAGAUGUCACUACUGAAGUAAAGGAGACAGUGGCUGCACUUAAUAGUGGUGGAGAGGUUUCUAAAGAGGUACCGUUCUUAGAGUUGCCUAUUUCUCAUGAGCAACUUCAACCAUCUGUUAAAUCACCACCAAAGCUUGAAUUAAAACCACUACUGGAGCAUCUCAAAUAUGUUUACUUGGGUGAGAAAGAGACAUUACCGGUCAUUAUCACCACACACCUUACCCAAGUAUAG